GCAGCAAAACGCCGAGGCUCUUAAGAGACCGAUCUCAAACCUGCUUUUCUGCAAAGAUAUAAACAGCAAAGCAGAGAGAGCAGCCGCUUAGCAAAACCCCCGCUGGUGGUUUUUUUUUUUUUUUCUUUUCCUCCUUUUCCUCCCCUCCCCUUUAAAACAACAGCAACUCCCCCCUCCCCUUUUGCAAUCAGUAAAGCUGCCUUGGGGGAGAGAGAGAGAGAAAGAGAAAAAGAGGGAGAGAGAGAGAGAGAGAGAGAGAGAAGGGGGAAAAAAAACACGCACUCACGUACAGCACACAAACUCCGAGGAAGCGAGCAAGCGAGCCACCGACCACUUUUUUUAAAAAAAAAAUAAUAAUAAUAAUAACCAGCUAUCCUCCUCUCCUUUUCCUAUUUUUAUUUUUAAUUUUUGCAAACCGUUCGGAGUCGGGGAAGGGGUGGGGGGGAGAGGAAGCCAGCGAUCCGACCAAAAAGGAGGAAAAACAAAAAAAAAGAAGAAGAAGAAGCGAUCUGGAAAAGAUUCUGAGCCACUCCGGGAAUCGUUAAUUUUUUUCUUUUUUUUAAAUUAUUUUUGUUGACCCACUUCGGGUCGCUCGCUCGUGUUGUUUCCCCCUCCUCGCCUUCCUUUCGGCGUACGGUGCAAUGCGGAGAGAGAAAAGUGGCUGCAGAAUGACGAAUCGGCCUUUUCAUUGAGAAAAAGAAGAGAGGAAGGAAGGAAGGAAGAGAGAAAAAAAAAAGCGACAAGGAGAUCGCGAAGGGGGGAGCAAAAUCCUCGCAGGAUCGGGAAAGAAAAGGGCGACUUUUUUUUUUAUUGUUGUUUUCUUUUUUCUUUCUUUUUUUUUGUCAAGAAAUCCGUUGAUUGUGGUGCAGCGGCGUGCGGCUGUCUGGCUUACGACUUGUGAUUUAUUUUUUUUUCCCCUCUCUGGAGAAGAGAAGAGUGAAAGCAAAGAGGAGAGGGAGAGAAACAGAGAAAACCUUUCCAAGUUUGCAGUGGAUUUUUUUUUUCUUCUCCUCCCUCCCUCGGUCUAAAAACGCAAAACAUUUCGAUGCUUUUCGCUUACAACCUGGACUCGAAGAUUUCAGAUGUGUUCUAAGCUCCCUGGAGUGAUAGCUGUUCAGGAUACUGAUGGAGACGAGAGCUCAGAAUGGCAGCGGGUUACAACCCUUGCUUCAAGGCCAGCAUGACACCGGGAGACAAUUUGGAGAUUCUGACCUGAGGGAUGUCCUAGCACAACAAGUUCACGUUUUGUCCUUGGACCAGAUCAAGGCGAUCCGAAACACGAAUGAAUACACAGAACCUCCUACGGUGGCUCCCCGACCGGGACUGAAGCCAGCACCACGUCCAGCGGUCCAGCACAAGAGCGAAAGACCGCACGACUUGACGGAGCAACGUCAUCUGAGCAGGCUUCCCCAUCCCCAGGUCCAUGCGUCUUCUCGACUUCCGCUCUCCCGUUCCAUCAGCACGGUCAGCAGCACUAGCUCGCGGGGUAGCACGAGGACAAGUACGAGUAGCAAUUCAUCAGAACAGAGACUUCUGGGGUCAUCCUUGGGGACCGUUGUCGAGGGGAUAAUACGAGUACAGCCGAAAUCGGAACUGAAGUCUCGGGAGUUGAAACCCGCCAGCAAAGAAAAUUUGCAUAUGCACGCCUACCGAUGUGAGGACUGCGGGAAGUGUAAGUGUAAGGAAUGCACUUACCCGCGGACUCUUCCGUCCUGUUGGAUCUGUGAUAAGCAAUGUCUUUGCUCGGCCCAGAACAUGGUAGAUUACGGGACCUGUGUCUGCUGUGUGAAGGGUCUUUUCUACCACUGCUCCAAUGACGAUGAGGACAACUGUGCCGAUAACCCCUGUUCGUGUAGCCAGGCCCACUGUUGCACGCGGUGGUCCACCAUGGGCGUUGUGUCCCUUGUUCUGCCUUGCUUGUGGUGUUACCUACCAGCCAAGGGUUGCCUUAAAUUGUGCCAAGGCUGUUACGACCAAGUCAACAGGCCAGGUUGUCGCUGUAAACAAUCCAACACGGUUUGCUGUAAAGUUCCCAAAGUCCCACCCAGGAAUAUCGACAAGCCAACAUAGCAUCCCUAAUCGGGUAAACAAGGAUGACGACAGAACAUCAAAAGGGGGGGCCAACUAAGUGAUCUAUAACUGUGGCACUGUUUCUUGGUGGUGGUGGUGGUUGGGGGGCAGCAAUGGGAAAAGUCCAACCUCGUGGAGACCCUUCUUAAGAAUCCGCCCAAGAGAGAUCCAGAGCGAGAAUACGCUUGGCAGCACCUAAAGUAUUGCAUAAGCUAAGAGACUCGAGCUACUUCUAAGCAAACUCGCGUGUUGUGCGUUUGUGUGUUUUUUUUUAAAGGAAUUAGUACACUUGUAAAUUAGGAAACUACUUCAACCAACUCCCGGUUAUUUUCUGCCAGAGAUGUGCUAUAUUUUUGUAUAUAGGAUAUUUUCAACUGUGAAAACACAAGUGUCAUAGAAGCAAAUAUGGCACACAGGUCACAAAAUAUUAUACUAAUGUUGUACAUUCAAAAGAAUGUGAAUCAAUCCAUAUGGCUUAGAUUGUAUUAUUAUUAUUAUUUUUUGGCCUUAUGAAGCCCUUCAAUGGCAAGACUCUUGAUUCUUUUUUCCCCUUUUGGACAGUUGCAGUAAAAUGGAGUCUUUAUUUUCUAAUUUUUUUUUUUCAAUAUAUUGUCUAGUGUAAAGAAUAUUUAUUUGAAGUUUUAUUAUUUUAUAAAAAAAAUAAAUAUUUAUUUUAAGAGGCAUCUUACAAAUUUCACCCCUUUUUAUGAGGAUGCCACCAUUGCUGCAAAUUAGGGGUGAAAAAAUACAUAUAUUCCCUAUAAAAUAGAAAAUAUAUUAACGUUUGAAAUUAAA